AUGAAUAACUCAACACUGAACUUCAACAUAACCGAAUCUCCGCCAGACUCUACAACUCCUUUUAUUGGGCUAACGACUUCAUUAUUCAUGUGUAUCUUAAGCAUCAAUGUCCUGUUUGGUCUUCCGGCACACUCCUAUGUCAUAUAUCUCAUCAUCACAGGAUCAGCAACUGCAUCAGAGUUUUAUAAACUGAAUCUCUUUGUUUGUGAGAUUGGAAUGUGCUUGAAUUGUGUCUUCAGAAUGCUGGCAGUGUGGUUUUCAGGUUUUAAGGAACUUGUCAGUUUUUUCGUAGGCCUUGGCAUAACUGGUCGUCCUCUGUUUGAGUGUCUGAUCUGUUUUGAGCGUUACCUGGCUGUGGUUCAUCCUGUAACCUUUCUGAAGUACAAACCUCUCAGAUAUAAAGUCAUCUGCUGCACCAUUGCCUGGAUCAUCACUCUUGGUUCCUGUUUAAGCAUCAUGUUUCUAUUAGUUUAUGUAUAUGACCUGGCUAUAUAUACAUUGGUCUUCUUGAUCAAAUCUCUCGUCUACUUCUUCAUUCAGUUGUAUUGUUGUGUGGCUGUUCUUAGAGCUCUGAAGCAGCCAGGACCAGGCGAGAGAGGAAGAGAGAGAGAGGAGAUAAAUCACAUGAAGAGAAAAGCGUUUUAUCUCAUUCUAAUAACUACUGUAAAGAUGUUUAUCAUAUAUGUUUUAUUUGCGUUUACUGCACUCUUCAGGAUUAUGACACAGACUUAUGUUGAGGAAUCUCAUUUAAUUACUGUAGUUUUUGUUUUGAGUGGUUUUGUUCAUCCCGUUCUUUAUCUUCACCGUGCUGGAAAACUCUGCUGCUCUUCUUCACCAUAA